UGUGGAUUACUGAGAGGCUCGUGAUAUCUACAGUAACUUGGUUGUUAAUCGAGCAAACGUACCGCGGCAGACCACCUCGCGAAGAGCCCUGCUCGGAUAACUCGGUCCUUCUCCAGGCUGUACUGUAUAGUACCAAGCGUCAAGUUGACCGGUGACCAGUAAGUCAUGAACAAGACAACAAGUAAUCCCGCGAAGCAUCAAUAAGAACGAAGCAUGCUGGUCUGGGGAAAUAUCGCGCAAGUCGCCUCACUUCCUCCUCCCGCAGGAACGAUAGAGAGCUUCAUGUCAUGCGCGAUUUUACACGCGCAGGAGGAGCAGGAACAGCUUGAGGGCUGGCAGUGUCAGAUUCAACCUCAUUCUGACCGCAAGAGGGGCUGUGCGGGUAUUGAUUGUAAGUACAUAGUAAAGUUUUCGGUUCCUGCUCGCCUUCAUCUUGCCUUCUUCAUCAUCGUCAUCGUCAUUGUUACUUUCGUUUCCCCAGACCGAAUUCCACCACCCGUGCUUCGCUUCUUGGCACUUCCAACAAGGCUGUCGGGGAUUGAACAAGAGCGAAAUCGAUCGUUCUUUAGCGACAACAAGAAAAAGAAAACGAAAAAAAGAAGAAAAAAAAAAAAAAAAGGAAACCACAGAAAAAGUAACGCCCCGGGAAGCCCGUGCCGAACUGCGAGGGUAUUCCAUUCCCUCGUCAAUAAUUUCGAAGGGUUUUGCAGGUUGAACUUCGCACUGCAGUCUGUUCUCAGCUCUUAUCGCCAACCACCCACGAUCCAUCCCGAUCGAUUCGAUCUUUCCCCAUUCGCUCGCUGCGAUCACGUUCCUCCCGCCUUUCCCCAAGCUGCAUUUUACUUAGUAUCUGCAUCUCUUUUGCCCGAUGGCCCCGGGGUUCGAUGACUCCUGCACAAGGGCGGCUCGUGACAGCUGCGCUACAGUACAGACAUAGAGCGCAGUACUUUUGAUACUUUCUGUAUCUCCGGUCGACAUCAUCGGGAGG